CUCAUCUUUAGGUGUGUAAGCGCCUUUAAGCUUUAAUCAUUGGCAAAACAUCUUGCUUGGCAAAAGCCGCAAAGCCCGCAAAGAGAAAAAGCAAUAAAGUGAAUAAUUUUCUUGUGAAAAAGCCGCAAAACAAUAAAAAAUGUCUAUGUGUUGUGCUCUUUCAAAUGAGGUGCCAGAGCAUCCUGUUAUCUCGCCUGUAUCGGGAGCUAUAUUUGAAAAGCGUUUGAUUGAAAAAUAUCUGCUUGAUAAUGGUAUCGAUCCAAUUUCACGUAAAGAGCUUACAAUCGAUCAACUUAUAGAAAUCAAAACAACGCCAAUUGUAAGACCAAAGCCGGCGAGUGCCACGUCCAUUCCGGCUAUUUUAAAAAUCCUGCAAGAUGAAUGGGACGCAGUGAUGUUGCAGUCAUUCACGCUCAGACAGCAACUGCAAACAGCGCGGCAAGAACUGUCACAUGCUCUUUAUCAGCACGAUGCCGCCUGCAGGGUAAUUGCCAGAUUAACGAAGGAAGUGACAGCGGCUCGAGAAGCCUUGGCCACUCUGAAGCCCCAGGCCGGAAUCACACAACCAACGGCCAUACCUCAGCCUGCUGUAGCAGCGGAAGCUGGAGGCGCAGCGGCCCAACCAGCAGAACAAGCUGGAAUCACAGAGGAAGUUAUUCAGAAAUUACAAGACAGAGCUACCGUUCUCACACAAGAAAGAAAGAGGCGUGGUCGAUCUGUUCCCGAAGAUCUCCUACCAGCUGACAGUAUUCGCAAUUUUCAACUCUUGGCCAACCACCCUGGUCUUCAUUCGGCAAGUACUCCAGGAAUUCUCGCUCUCGAUAUACACAGUGCGGAUACAAGUAAAAUAUUGACUGGCGGAGUUGAUAAGAAUGCAACAGUAUUUAACAAAGACACUGAACAAGUGAUAGCCAUUCUUAAAGGACACACGAAGAGGGUAACACGAGUAAUUUACCAUCCUGAGGAGGAUGUAGUGAUGACAGCUUCACCGGAUUCAACGAUUCGUGUUUGGAAUGUAGCAACAAGUCAGUCAACACUUUUACUAAGACAUCACGAUGCUCCAGUUACUGGAUUGUCUCUGCAUCCAACUGGCGACUAUCUACUCAGUUCUUCUUUGGAUCAUUAUUGGGCAUUUUCUGAUAUUCGAACCGGACGAUUAUUGACAAAAGUUGCAGGACAAGCAAAUCAACCUUUGACUACAGCCCAAUUUCAUCCUGAUGGUUUAAUUUUUGGAACUGGUACAGCCGACUCACAAGUGAAAAUUUGGGAUCUUAAGGAACAGUCGAACGUAGCCAAUUUCCCUGGUCAUAAUGGGGCAAUUUCUGCAAUUAGUUUUUCAGAAAAUGGUUAUUAUUUGGCGACAGCAGCUGAAGAUUCUUGUGUGAAACUUUGGGAUUUGAGGAAAUUGAAGAAUUUCAAAUCUUUGCAACUUGACGAGUCUUAUGAAGUGAAAGAUAUUUGCUUUGAUCAGAGCGGAACAUAUCUCGCUGUCGCUGGAUCUGAUGUUAGAAUCUACUUAUGUAAACAGUGGCAAGAACUUAAAGUGUUUAAUGAUCACACAGCAACUGCAACUGGCGUUCGUUUCGGAAAGCAUGCUCAAUAUAUCGCUUCAACCAGCAUGGAUCGUACGCUUAAACUUUAUGGAAUACAGUGAAUAUAGAUCAAAUUUAAUUUCGUGUACGUAAUUUUUAUAUAUCGAUUGAAAUAUAUAAUCUUUUGACAUUUAUAAAUAAAUUAUUAAGGUAUUUCAAAA